AUGGAGGCGCUGGGAAUCCGAGGAAAGCGCAAACGAAAGCCGCAGCGCAGAGGCUGGCGGCCGUUAUGUCAAAUAAGCAGGACGAUGAUGAUGGUGAUGAUGAUUAUGACCAGCUUGAUAAUAGUAGUGUUGGAAGGCCAACGCGCCCUCCCUCUCCUAUGUGAGUGGCCAAGUAUAGGACUUGCUGGUGGAAGACCAAUGCAGGGGCGGUCUCCUAUGGCCAAAAAUAUUCCUCAAAGGAGACCAUCACCAUUAAGGAAACAACAACCAUAUGAUGAUGACAAUGAUGAGGAUGCCCCAGUCAGUAACACAACAAGCAUAGGUCUCACUGCAACGGCAAAGAGGUCACCCUCUCCUGCGAGAAAAAGCUUAGCUCGAACUCGAAUACCACCAGCAGCAGCUGAUGAUGAGAUUGACGAAGAUGACCUUUUAGUGAGUAGCACAACAAGAAUAGGGCUUGGUGGAAGGGCAGCACGGCCUUUCUCUCCAAUGGUAACUUUGUGA